AUGGUGCAACCCUUGAGAAUGCGUAGGUCGUUAUCAUCUUUAUUGAGUAACUUCAAGUCGUCAUUCUUUAAACUAGAUAAUGAAGAAUGCCGUCAUUUUGCAAUAAGCACAAAGAUUCUCAGCGAUAGCAGGACUCUCCCUCAUCACGAUAAAUAUAAUUCCAGCAUAGACACGCGUGCCGAAUCAGAUGGCAAUGCCAAUGUUGACAUUCUUGCCUUACGUGCUCUAAGGAAUCAGAUCAUCACGAAAAAACCACUUUCCAAAAACAAGCAAAAAGAACUAUCAAGGAAAUCCUUGCAAUACGAAGCAAUAUUAAACUCAUUUUCCGAAUUUUAUUCGCGACAGUAUGGUAAAGAACGAUGGAAAUCUCUAUUUGAAGCAAUGUGUAAGCCUGCCAAACAUGUUGCGAUGGUAAAUAAUUUUGCCAGCUCUGAAAGCAUUGAGAGAUUCUUAAAUUCCAUAACCCAGGCUUCAAUCGUGACAUCAGACCACAAUUCAAUUCAAGAUCAAAGCCCCAAGAAGGAAAUCCAUUUUGAAAAAAUAAAAUUUGUCGAUAUACCAUGUUAUUCAAUUUCGGAGAGAUUUUCACCACCAUUUAAAGAUGAGAAGGGAGUAAUGACUUAUUACCUUUUAGAUGCUGCUUCGGUGAUGGUCGUUAAGGCAUUGGAUGUGAAACCGACAGAUAACAUACUUGAUUUGUGCGCUGCACCCGGUGGAAAAUCCCUAGCAAUUUUACAGCACCUAUUGUUAAGUUCAAAGGUGAGAAGGACGCAGGAUGUGAAUGACACAGGUGACGGUGCACCUGAUAUCGGUCAUCUCACUUCAAACGAACUCUCACCGACUCGACGCCGCCGACUUAAACAGGUGAUCACGGACUAUGUUCCAUCCUCAUAUCAGCACAAGAUAAAGAUCGCUUCUGAGUUUCAGUCAUUUUCUAUGUCGGCCUACGAUAAAAUUCUUGUGGAUGCGCCAUGUUCAUCAGAAAGACAUUUGCUAAGUGAUCCUACGGAAUUUUCCAAGUGGAAAGUUUCGAGAACGAAGAAUAAUGCAAAGAAACAAUAUAAAAUGUUGUUGGAUGCAGUCAAGGGAUUACACAUAGGUGGUAUUUUGGUCUAUGCUACUUGUUCGAUUAGUAAGCUUGAAAACGAUGAAGUUGUGAAGAGAUUAUUGGAAAAUAGCUGGGUACCAUUAGAAGAGGUUGGACAAAAUUUUCAUUGGGAGAUUGGCGAGAAAACAGAGAAAGGAUGGAUCGUAUUACCAGAUAAAUGUGAUGGUUGGGGGCCUUUGUAUUUUUCUGUGUUGAAAAGGGUCGGAGAUGGUGAGUUUAGAAGGAAGGAGUUGACGAAAUUUAAUAGAAAGGCUAAAUAUGAGACGACGAGGAAUCUGCAUGAAGACACGGAUGAAGAAUUCGAUGAUUAUAACGCUGAUACAUUCGAGCAUAUACCUUAG